CGACUCGGUCAACAUAAAUUUGUUUUUGAUAGUUCUAAUCAGCUGAUGCGGCUGGUAUCACGAGCGAGUCAGUUUACUACGUUUUUGCGCAUCAAAUGCAACGAAAGAGCAAUAGCGAUAUUAACAAUAGUAGCGAAAACAACGGCGCUGCGGAAAUGCAAUGCUGUACACUGCUCCAAGAUGCAGCUGCCUAUCAACCGGAUACGCUGGAUCUCAACACAGAUGCCAAGGCGGCGCAAUAUUGGUUUGAAAAAUUUCGUGAGUUGAUUAUAAAAUUUGCCCAACAAGCGGUGGUCAGCCAAGUGGACGAUGAAACGGCUGAGGACCGGGCGGCGCAAUUUAAAGCGGCGUACCUGAAAAAGCUAAACGAAUAUCAGAGCAAUAUCGCCAAGAACAGCGGAAAGACUGUGUUGGGUACACGAGAGCUUCUUCAAUUGAACGAAAUACAAUUGCGGCGCUUUGGCUUCACCGAUCCUUGGCUGCGUCAGAAGCAGGUGGAGAACGCAACGGCCAAGGCACGCCUUAAAGACCGCUUGCAGGAGAUCGAUGCCAUCGAGAAUGAUGAUCUGCGUUGGACAGAGCUCGUCCGUGGAGUGCUGGCGGGCAACAUGUUCGAUUGGGGCGCUCAAGCUAUAGCAAGCAUUUUGGAACAGGACAGUACCUUUGGAUUGCAUGCGGCAUUGGAUCGAAUAGAGCGUAGACCGUGGCUAGUUGACGAUCUCGAUGCGUGGCUGCAACGUCUACAUGUAAUGCCGCAGCAGUUGCCACACAAGUGUGCCGUCAUCUUCGUGGACAACAGCGGCGUCGAUGUAGUGCUCGGCGUGCUGCCCUUUGCGCGUGAGCUGCUCAAGCGUGGCACCAAAGUGCUGCUCUGCGCCAACAGUGAGCCCUCUCUAAAUGACGUCACUAGUCGCGAACUGACGACCCUGUUGGACGACUGUGCUUGUCAGUGCAGUGUUUUGAGCACCGCCUGGUCAACGGGCCGUCUGCUUGUCUAUGCGAACGGCCAGAGCGGACCCUGCCUGGAUAUGCGCGCCCUGCCCCAAGAGCUGUGCGACGCCAUCACCGCCAAUGAGACUGAUCUGCUCGUCAUCGAGGGCAUGGGCCGAGCGGUUCAUACCAAUCUGAAUGCCCGAUUCAAUUGCGAAACCCUAAAGCUGGCCGUGGUAAAGAAUAAUUGGCUGGCCAAAUAUUUGGGCGGCGAUAUGUUUGCGGUCAUUUGCAAGUACGAGAAUAGCUAAUGCUGGAAGGCAGAAAACAGGUUGUUGUUGAUCUUUUUAUUUAUAAAGGCGUGCGCCAUUAAUUUUAAAAAUUAUUGUUUAUCCAAACUGAGAUUUUUAGUUGUGUACAUCAUCCCAGUGUCUCUUAUGUCUGUCUAACGGAAACGCGGUUGGACCGCGACGCCUAUUCGACUGUACUCUAAAUAUAUUACCAACAAACUGUUCCCAUCACUUUUGAUUUUGGUAAUAACAGCGACGCCAUUGCGGCCAUGUAAUUGUCUGAUUACAUAAAACAAUGAACAUUUGUUUGCUGCAACCAUUAUUGUCAAUUGUUUUGGUUCGAGAAGGGGAGUAACUACUUACCUAUUAAUAUUAAUACAUACAUACCUAAGCAAACAUUUAAAUGAUUAAAACAAAGCAAAGCAAAUCUAAACCAUAAA